AUGGCGACCAUGGCGUGGCUACCGGCCAUCGCGCUGCUACUGACAGUUGCGGCUGGCCAAGAUUUGACACCGACCGAAGGGAAUCGACCGCGGCCGCCGGCCGGAAGCCCGGAGCUGGCCGAUUACAUCGGGAUCAAGCGACAAUUACCGCCGUCCCGAUUGUUGCCGCAGAGGAACGCCGCCGACGAGCCGCGGCCGAACAUCGAGAGGCAGCCGAGGAAACGACAAUUGGCCGAGCUUGCGAGCAACUUCCAGCCGAUUCCGCUCCAUCUGGGCGUCGAGCAGGCGUUCGGGGCGGCCGCCAAGCCGGACGUCCCGCUGAACGUCCAGCAGCCCGUGAAACAGGGCAUCGAGCCCAGGAUGUCCACCGCGGCCGCGCACAUCGCGUUCGUCGCGCCGCAGAUCCUGCCCGCUCAGAAGAGGAUCCACGGAUACGAGGCGCCGACCUUCUACCACGGUCACGGGCACGGCUAUCAUCAUUCCCACCAUCACGGACAUCACGCUCAACACGAGCAUCACGCGAAGCACAAGCACGAGCAUGGCCACAAGCACGAGCAUGGUCACAAGCACCAUCACGGCCACGAGCAUCACGAGGAGCACAAGCACCACGAGGACCACAAGCAGCAUCACGACCACCAUCACCAUCACGGCCACGACCAUCAUCACGGCCACAAGCAUCGCUCCGACCAUAAGCAUCACCACGGCCACGACCACAAGCACGAACACGGCCACAAGCACGAUCACAAGCAUCACGGGGAGCAUCACCAUCACCACGGACACCAGCAUCACUCGAAGCACGAGCACCACGAGGAGCACAAGCACCACGCCGAGCAUCACCAUCACCACAAGCAUCACCAUCACAACGAGCAUCACCACCACCACGAGCACCAUCACGUCAACGAGCAUCACCACCACCAUUCCCACAAGGAGACGGAGAACCAUCAUCAUCACCAUGGCCACGAGCACAAGGAAGACCACAAGCACGCUCACAAGCAGGACCACAAGCACCACCACGGUCACGAGCACAAGCACGGACAUCACGAGGAUCAUCAUCACGGACAUCACGAAGACCACCAUCACAAACACGGCCACGAUCACAAGCACUCGCACCACCAGGACCAUCACCACAAGCACGGCCACGAGCACAAGCACGGCCAUCACGAGGAACACCACCACGGACAUCACGAGGAUCACAAGCACGACCAUCACGAGGACCAUCACCACAAGCACGGCCAUCGUCACAAGCACGGCCACAAGGAGGAGCAUCACCACGGGCACCACGAGGACCACCAUCACGCCCACCACCAGGACCACAAACACCACCAUCACCAGGAGCACAAACACGGUCACGAGCACAAGGAAGAGCACAAGCACGGCCACGACCACAAACACCAUCACGACCAUCACGAGGACCAUCACCACCACGAGCAUCACAAACACCACGAGGGCCACGAGCACGAGCACUCCCACGGCCACGAGGAGGAUCACAAGCACUCGAACGACCAUCAUCACAAACACCACCACGACAGCCAUCACAAGCAUCACGAGAGCCAUCGACACUCGGCCUACGAGCACCACGGGCACGAGCAUUUCAAGGCCGCCGGCCAUUUCUACGACGCCUCGCAGACCCACGAGGAGUACGUGUUCCCGGAGGAGAGCGAGGCGGUCGCCGUCACCCCGGGCAUCGAGGACAUCCUCAAGAUUAACCAAAAGCAAUCGGACGUCCCGCCGACUGAUCUACAACCGGAGGUCGCGGCGACUGAUAUACAACCGGCCACCGCUCAGCCCUAAAC